UGUUGCAUCUGGAACUCAUGUGCAUCCACUGUACUUAGUGGGCAUCACUCUUUGCGCCAGUUACUGCAGUUAGUUUGAUUUAAAAAAAAAUAAAAAAUAAAAAAAAAUCUGUAUGUAAAAUGUGGACUAUUCCCAAGCCACGAUACAGAACUGGUUCGUGUGGUGACGGUGAGAUAACCGUGAACAUCGGCGGGGUCCGAGUAGUACUUUACGAGGAUGUUUUGAAUCGUUACCCCGAGAGCAGACUGGCUGAGUUGGUGAACUGCUCAUCGGCGCAGAAUGAUGAACUUUUUUCGUCUCUUUGUGACGACUUUGACCCCGCGAAGGAGUUUUAUUUUGACCGGGAUCCAGAUGCGUUCAAGUGCAUCAUCGAUGUUUAUUACUUCGACGAAAUCCACAUCAAACGCGGCUUUUGCCCAAUUUGUUUCAUCAAGGAGAUGGAGUUCUGGAAAAUAGACCUAAGUGCUCUAGAUGAGUGCUGCAGUUAUUUGAGCGAAAAGGAGGGGGAGCUGAGCGAGAUAGCGAGCAAAGUGAAGGUAAUAUUGGAGGACAUGGAGGUAGACCAAAAUGCGACGGGCACCCAGAGAUGCCAAAGGUUCUUGUGGCGCCUCAUGGAGAAGCCUGUCUCCUUCCCCGCGCGUGUCAUCGCCAUUACAUCUUUCCUCUCUGUCCUGGUCUCGGCGGUGGUCAUGUGCGUGGGAACCAUCCCCGAAUUGCAGGUGACGGACGCCGAGGGGGAGCUUGUGGAGCACCCGACUUUGGAGGCUAUUGAAACGGCGUGCAUGCUGUGGUUCACCGCAGAGUACCUGCUGCGCCUUGCUUCCUCGCCAGAUAAGUUACACUUUGCGCUCUCCUUCAUGAACGUCGUGGACUUCAUGGCUAUUAUGCCUUUUUACGUGGUCCUAAGUCUAACCUACCUCGGCACCAGCUCCAUGAUUGAACUCGGCAACGUACAGCAGGCGGUGCAAGCGCUGCGCAUUAUGCGCAUCGCGCGUGUUUUCAAGUUGGCGCGCCACUCUUCGGGACUCCAAACACUCACGUACGCGCUCAAGAGGAGUCUCAAGGAGCUGGGGCUGCUGCUCAUGUACAUGGGCGUGGGCAUCUUCGUGUUCUCAGCUCUAGGUUACACCAUGGAGCAAAGUCACCCCGAGACUCUUUUCAGGAGCAUUCCACAAUCCUUCUGGUGGGCCAUCAUCACCAUGACGACGGUGGGAUACGGAGACAUCUACCCCAAAACCACUUUGGGCAAGUGCAACGCGGCCGUCAGUUUCCUGUGCGGCGUCAUAGCCAUUGCCUUACCCAUACAUCCCAUCAUUAAUAACUUUGUGGUGUUCUACAACAAACAGCAAGUGUUGGAGACUGCCGCCAAGCAUGAAGUGGAACUGAUGGAACUCAAAUCUGGUGAAGAUGCUCCUCGAAAAGGCAAUGACAAAGAUGACACUUAUGACAGUUAAUAACCUUGCAGACUUUAAUGUAAAAAAAAAAAAAAAAAAAAACAAUCAAAAUAAACACUUCUAUAUACACUCUGUACAUACGAUAUAUAUUCAAAUAUGUAUGUAUGUAUGUAUGUAUGUUAAAACAUUUAUGUCCAAACUACGGCCCAGGAGCAAGAGCGUAGGUUUGGUCUCAAUAUUGGUAGGGACGAUAUGACAGCAAAACCUGCAUUUACACGUUUUGCUGGGGAUGGGACAUUAAUAAGACCAAAUAGAUUGGGUGAAUGGCAGUCAGGGCUACAUUUAUAAGAACCUAAUUAAUUGAUAGGCUAAAUGAUUAAUGCAAAAAUAAAUGUAUUGACUUUUACUGUACUAAGUUUCACACUGCAAAUUUACAGUAUAACGUCUUAAUCUGAUAUUUUUUCUUAAAUCUAGUUGAAUAAUUUUCUCCAUCUUGUUUUGAGUUUUAAAGGCUAGUUAACAGACUAAUGCGUUAAAUUCUUCCACUUACUUUUAGUAAAUAUUACUAUUUGUUCUAAUUAAGCACAUAUAUCUAAAAGUCGGUAAUUUCUCACCUAAAUCAAGAAAAAAUGCUUUCAAAUAAUGUUUUGAAAAUAUCUAUUCUUGAAUUGAAACAUUUCUGACAAACAAGUUUU